AUGGAAUUCUAUCCAUUGAAGUUUAGAUUGCUGUGUAUAGCUCUUCUAGUGAUGUGUUGCUUUCUGGAGGGAGGCUAUUCUUUGGGAGUUGGUGGGCACACAGGGAUUCCGGGAGCAAUUCUCAACAAGAAUCGACUGCGCGGUGGCUUUCUGGAGAAGUUAAGGAGAUCUCGAAUAACUCAUUCUUAUGUUACAAGUCUAAGUAAAGCUUCGUACGAGGAAUACAACUAUACUCAAGUUCUGGACCAUUUUGGGUACACGCCAGAGAGCUAUCAAACGUUUCCCCAACGAUAUUUCAUAGACAAGUCCAAUUGGGGCGGCCCUCAAACUAAUUCUCCCAUAUUUGUAUUUUUGGGUGCGGAAGGAAACAUUGCAUAUGACGUCGGGUACGUUACGAUAGACCAGGUUGCUGACUUCAAGGCUCUUGUGGUCUACAUAGAGCACCGUUACUACGGGACGUCAAUGCCAUUCGGGGGAAAGGAGGCUGCGUAUGCGAAUGCAAGCACAAGGGGUUAUUUCACAUCCACGCAGGCCUUGGCCGAUUAUGCGACCUUCAUUGUUAAUUUGAUGAAAACAUUAAAGGCGGAGAAUUGUCCAGUAGUUGUGUUUGGUGCCUCCUAUGGUGGAAUGUUAGCUGCAUGGUUUCGCCUCAAGUAUCCGCACAUAACAAUCGGCGCCCUUGCAGCAUCUGCACCUAUCCUUUCCCUCUACGACGUCGCUCCCACUUAUGGAUAUGACAGCGUUGUCGCAAAAGAUUUCAGAAAUGUCAGCGAUAUCUGCUACAAAAGAAUUAAUGAAUCGUGGGAUAUGAUGGACAAAAUCGCGUCUAGCCCUCAAGGCUUGCUGACCCUAAGCAAACUAUUUAAUACUUGCGAGAAUAUUACGGAUAAGGAGGCCCUUUACGAUGAUCUGGAAUCAAUGUACCGGGGCGCAGCACAAUACGAUUUCGAAGGAGUUAAAGGAAUCUGCAAUGCCAUCAAUAGCCUACCCGGAGAUGCAAACACUGUUAGCAGAAUAGCUGCUGCAGCAAAUUACUCAUUCGAAGGCCAAUGCUUGGAUUUGAGUCCAUUUAAUGAUACUGAAUUUGGAUGGGAUUGGCAGACUUGCACUGAAAUGGUGCUCCCAUUCAGCGAUCCUCCUGGCACGACAAUGUUUCCGCCCUCCAGCUUUGAUAUCAAGUCAUUUUCCAGAGAAUGCUAUCUGAAAUACGGUGUACUGCCACGCCAACACUGGGCUACAACAGAAUUCGGAGGACACGACAUAAAAAGAGUGUUGAAAGAAUUUGGAAGCAAUAUCAUUUUCUCCAAUGGGUUAAGAGAUCCAUGGAGCAGUGGAGGUGUGUUGGCGAAUAUUUCUGAAAGCAUUGUAGCUAUUACCACCCAAGAAGGAACACAUUGCCAAGAUAUUGUUCUAAGUGACGGUGACGAUCCCGCCUGGUUGAAAGAGCAAAAACAAAAAGAGAUAAUGAUUGUCCAAAAAUGGAUCAACGAUUAUAAAAACUAA